CACUCUAGCCUGUCUGCGGAGCUUCCAAAGUCACACCAAAAAAACCAAAACGCUUUCUCUGCUUAUUUAUACCUGGGCUAUUUCUCUCAGCUUCAUUUCUGGCUUCCCUACCUUUUUCGCUCUUCUCCGUUCGCCUGUUCUCCAGAGCUCCGUUUUCGAUGGCUGCCGUUGCCGGAUCCAACAUCGUCGCUUUCAGAUCGGUCGCAAAAUUAGCAGACUCCAUUGACAGGAGAAUCGGCCAGGUUAGACAAUGGUCUCCUAUUACUGACGGAGUAGGAUCGGUUCAGUCUCGUUCUCGCAUUGCUCUCCACUGCAGAUCGAGGAGCUCGAUUGUGUUGUCGUCACCUGUUGUAAUGCACACGGGGGUAAGAACUCAGGUUGCCACUGUUCAACAAGCUAGCACUGAAGCUGGUCAAAAAGUUGAAGCUCCUGUAGUGAUAGUGACUGGAGCCUCUAGAGGCAUCGGUAGAGCAAUUGCAUUGGCCUUGGGGAAAGCAGGUUGCAAGGUCCUUGUAAAUUAUGCUAGGUCAUCAAAGGAGGCAGAGGAAGUCUCUAAUGAGAUUGAGGCAUGUGGUGGUCAGGCUCUUACUUUUGGUGGAGAUGUCUCAAAAGAAGCUGAUGUUGAAUCAAUGAUCAAAACUGCUGUUGAUGCAUGGGGAACUGUUGACAUUUUGAUCAACAAUGCAGGAAUUACCCGGGAUACUUUAUUGAUGAGAAUGAAGAAAUCCCAAUGGCAGGAGGUUAUUGAUCUGAACCUUACAGGAGUGUUCCUUUGUACACAGGCUGCCGCAAAAAUCAUGAUGAAGAAGAAAAAGGGAAGAAUAAUCAACAUAGCAUCUGUUGUUGGUCUUGUUGGCAACAUCGGGCAAACCAACUACAGUGCUGCAAAGGCAGGAGUUAUUGGCCUGACAAAGACUGUUGCAAAGGAAUAUGCAAGCAGAAAUAUUAAUGUCAAUGCUGUUGCUCCGGGAUUCAUUGCAUCUGACUUGACUGCAAAACUUGGGGAAGACAUUGAGAAGAAGAUCUUGGAAACAAUCCCCUUAGGGAGAUACGGCCAACCAGAAGAAGUUGCUGGAUUGGUAGAAUUUUUGGCCCUCAAUCCUGCUGCCAGUUACAUCACCGGACAGGUGUUUACCAUUGAUGGUGGAAUGGUCAUGUAGGUCAGUUACUCUUCCUGGUUAAAGCUUCAGAGUUCCGAAGGUACUCGGCAACUACGGCUUGACUGUGACAUUAUUUGAUUGUUUACUGUUGCUGUUGUUAUAGAGUUUUCUCUUCAUAUAUCAUAAGACGAACACUGAAAGUUUUGAAGCAUUUUUCUUAGCGUGUAAUAACAAGCAAAGAGGUGUGUAAAAGUUAUUUAGGUUUCAUUUGGCUCUGCAAAUGCAGUUUUACACUAGUUUAAUCAGAUGUGGAAAGUGUAGUUGGUUAAGAGCCACAAAAUUAUUCUACUUUGUCGUAGAUUGUUUCUUUUCAUCCAGCCUCAACCUUGUAAUUUUGGUACUUGAUCUUGAAACUUCAACUAAAGACAAGUUGGACCG